AUGGACUACCAAAACCGCGCGGGCUCCAAAUUCGGAGGUGGCGGUGUAGCCUCAGCGAGCGCAACAAACGCCGACCGUCGCGAACGCCUCCGCAAACUCGCCCUCGAAACAAUCGACCUGGACAAAGACCCUUAUAUUUUCAAAAACCACGUCGGCAGCUUCGAGUGUCGCCUCUGUUUGACCGUCCACCAGAACGACGGCUCCUAUCUCGCACAUACCCAGGGACGCAAGCAUCAGACCAACUUGGCCAGACGUGCCGCCAGAGAAGCUCAGUUGGGUAAAGACAGAGAUCAGAACUUGUCGGGCUUGUCGCAGGUCCAGGUCAAGAGGAAUGUGGUCAAGAUCGGAAGACCGGGUUACAAAAUCACAAAGACGAGGGAUCCGUUGACGAGGCAAUUGGGUCUGCUGUUUCAGCUGCAGUAUCCUGAAAUCUCGCAGGAUGUUCAGCCUAGGGUCAGAUUCAUGUCUGCCUUUGAGCAAAAGGUCGAGGAGCCCGACAAGCAGUUCCAAUACUUGUUGGUCGCUGCUGAGCCCUACGAGACAUGCGCUUUCAAGCUUCAGGCUCGCGAAAUCGAUCGCUCAGAGGGCAAGUACUGGACUUGGUUUGACGAAGAUAACAAGGAGUUCUGGGUUCAGGUCACUUUCAAGACCGAGAGAGAGGAGAGAUACAGCGGCGUGCCUGGUCUGGCUCCUAGACGUUGA